UCAGGUCAGUGAUAAGACAAGAGCUGCACAGACCGCCGCUGUCACCUGGAGCUGUCAAUCACGGUGGAGGCGAGCUGUUCGGUGGACACGACACUAACGUCCUGAUUGGCUGUUUGGCGUUUGAGGGCGGGACAGAGCGGAUCACGUCCUCAUCCCAUUGGAAAGGAGAGUGAGAGCGUACCCACGCGGAACGCAACUUGGCUUUCCCAAAGUUAAGAAGUUUAGGGGAGACGGGCGCAUCACGGAAUUCAGGAUUUCAUAAACGAGACGAAGAGGAUUUGCUGAUAUUGUGGUUUUACACACGCGGUGCUGAGCAACAAGACAGUGAUGUCUGAUAACAGCACCGGCAGUAGUGGGUCUUCCAGUAACAGCUGGACUCUCCUCUCUCCUGAGGAGGCUGCCUUUGACACUGCUGGACCAGUGGAUGAUGGAACGGAGAGUAUUGGUGACGUGCCAAGCCUUUCAGAGGAAGUUGCAGGAGGCUCUUUGGAGGUGAAGCAAAGUGAGAGUGAAGCCCCGUUGGAGACCAUUUUGUCAGAAGAGGGCCAGCAGGUUUGCCAGGAAACAUCCCCAGAAUUCUUUGAUGAGGUCACAGCUUCUAGCAUUGCAGCAGAUGAAGCUGACCCUGAGAUUUGUGCCCCUGUCAUUCAUGAUACCAUAACUAGCUCUCCUCCUGACAAUGACCUUCUUGGUGCAGUUCCCUUUAGCAUAGCUACAGAGUCCUCCCUCUUUCUUUCAGAGGAACCUGCACUUGAGGAAGAGCCCUUUCCUGAUGUUCAGCCCACAUUUGUAAUUCCUCCCAAAGAAAGCCCUGCCCCUGAGUCUAUAGUUGAUGCAAGCCCUAUCCUUGAACCUACAGCUAAGGUGACCCCUGCCCCUGAACCGAUAGCUGAGGUGAGCGCUGCCCCUGAACCUACAGUUGAGGUGAGCCCUGCCCCUGAACCUACAGCUGAGGUGAGCCCUGCCCCUGAACCUACAGCUGAGGUGAGCCCUGCCCCUGAACCCAAAGCUGAGGUGACCCCUUCCCCUGAACCCAAAGCUGAGGUGACCCCUGCCCCUGAACCAACAGAAAUAAGCUUCUCCCCAAAGACUCCUGAUUCUCCUCUUCCUGAUGUUACUGCAGACAUAAGCCCCAUCUCUAUUAGUCAUACCUCUGCAAUCCCUGUGGUAGAUAUUCAUGCUGAGGAAAACCCCACCCCUGAAAGGUCAUCUCCAAGUCUGCUCUCUGAAACUUAUUUUAGCUCUGCAUCAGAAGGUCCUCUAGUUGUGGGCCUUAACCCAGAAACUGUUGCUACGUCUAUCUUGGAAGAGGAGGCGCCCGCAAUACAGAGAGAAGAACCUGAGCCUCCAGAUGAAUCGGCAGAUGUGGUGAGGGAGCCAGAAACACUGUGUGCAGAAGUCUCAAUGGACCGUCCGGAAGAGGGUGAUGGUCUGCGGCUACGACAUGUGCAGCACACUGAGGUGAAAAGACAGAGCUCAGACGAGGAAGACGAGGAAGAAGAGGAGUUCAGGAUGCCGGAGAGAAAAGAAGAGAAAUCAGGCUUCUCGCUGAACCAUCUCAUCAUAGGAGCUCUGGCAUUGUUGUGUCUUGGCUCCCUUUUCUUCACGGGUAUCAUGGUUGACCAGGCCGGUGAUUUUGAUGGCUCUGAGCUAAGUGACCAGGAACUUCUUGAGAAACUUGCUCAAGAAAACAAACAGAUUUCCAUACUGGAGGCACAAAUACAGUCCCAAAAGGAAGAAUUGGUCAAGGCACUGAAGAUAGCUGCAGAUAAGGGAAUUACUGACAAAGAAAAUGCUAAAAUGAAAGAAGAACUAUCUACAUUGCCUGCUCUAAAAGAAGAAAUAGAGGCACUUAAAGCCAGGAUCAGUGAGCUCACCCAACUCACAGCUGAGGAGGCCUCUGACACAUCCCAGAGCUCUAUUUCUUCUUCACCUGGUGUUCCUAGAGAUAUUCAAGGAUCUACAGGACCUGAUAGAUGGUGGGAUAAGCAACAGGAGCUCAAAAGACAAAAAACUCUACUGGAGGAGAGCAGAAAGAGACUGGAAGGGAUAAAGAAACCAGGCUGGCACAAGAAGGGCUUGAGGGAGAGUUUGGUUGAGAUGCAGCAGAGGCUCUCAGAACAGGUGGACUACUUGGGCAAGAGGGAUGAAUGGAAGAAGAAGCACAAGGAGCACAAAGAGGGGAAGAAGGAGUGGGGCGACAAGAAGAGAAACCAGUGGAAGAUGGAGGAGACUGAGAAAAGGAAAGAGUGGAAGCUUGGCAAAGACAAGUAUGACGGUGGCUCAAAACACAAAGAGCACUUCAGGAAGUACCGUGAAGAGUGGGACCAUAAAAAGGAUGAGAGGAAGCUGGAGCGAGAAAGAAGAAAGCAAGAGAGGCCUUGGCAGACCAAGCCUGACCACCAGCAUAAUCAUCAUCAUAAAAAGCAGCAUCAACAGCAUGAGCCAGUGGAGUUCUGGAAACACCAAGAGGAGAAACUCAGGAGGAACCAGAACCCUCCUGAACGCUGCUAUGGUGUGGCAGAUUGUGCUGAUGCAGAGGGACUCACUCCAGUCAAGCUGUCAGAGUUCCAGGCGCUCCUGGAAGUCUAUCUGAGCAAAUUGGAAGGCGUUGCUGAGGAGAAUCUGGAAGCUCUGCGUCGUCUCGUCGCCCAGUUCUUCCGUGGUGGUGUCUUCAGCCACGACAGCAUGCUCUUUAGCGAGUUUGCUGAAGAUGUGGCAGACAUAUUGGAGGACCUGGCAGAUGUUUUGAAAGACAAGCAGCAUGGCAGCGACAAUGAAGCAUUGGAGGAGGAAAUGGAGCAGUUUGAGAAGGAGGCCUUGUGGAAAUUUGCUGCCCUUGGUGCAUAAAGCAGCGAGGCUAGAAUAGAAAAUGAGCCAUAUGAAGGAAAAAAUAAUACCACACCAAAACGAGACGACUGAGAAAGGUUCUCUCCAGACAUUGGCAAUUUCCCCUGGCUAUAUGGACUCUAACUGUAGUUUGUGCAAAGAGUGUCCUUCUGGAGUCUUGUCCUUUUGUGAAGUUCCACCUGUAUGUUGAGUGUCCUGUCCUGUGCUACCUCUAUUCUUCAGUGCCAACCCCUUGCUUGCUGUGUAAAGAAUCAGUUACUUUUUUGUUGCUUUUUAGUGUCAACUUAAAAUCAGUUCAUCUUUGAAAAAAGAAGGGAUCCUUUGGUCCCUCUAUUGAAUAGCUUUUAGUUUGGCCUUGGCCAUAAUGUAAGAAGUAAAACCUGGAAAUGUAUGUAUUUGUCCCUGCUGGUUUGGACAACCUGUGCCUGUUUAUACUCACCAUAAUAUUGCUGACCGGUUGAGUGUCAAGUAGGUUCCUGCCCUGUAAAGGGAUGACCACUUCAUUCAGAUGUUUUUUAUUUUUACUUAUGAGGGAAACUGACAGUGCUGAUAUGUGUAAUUUGCUGAAGUCUGGGAAAAGGUUAUUAGCAGGGGAACAUGGUACCAAUUUAAUCAGUUUAAAUGUCUGCAUAUCAAAAAAUUAAACUACCUACUGCUGUGCACAAUUUUA